AUGAAGAAAAGAUUUGGUGAUGAUAAUCCAAUUAAUGAUUCAAAUGUUCAAGACAUCGACGACACUUCCAACCAAUCAUCUCCAGAUGUUCGCAAUACAAUGUACGAUAUCCACACAGUUAGUGGAGAUGAUACACGGUUUGGACUUUUAGACGUUACCCACGACAGUUCUAACAACAUCCUAAAUAAUGAAUAUGCGGUCGUGGUUAAGAAUAACCAAUCUGUUAAUCAGGUGGUUGAGCACAAUUGUGACAUGAAUGGAGGAAAUUCCAAUGAUCUGGUAGAAAACGAGUACAAUGGGGUUUAUCAUGUGAGGCCUCAAAGUGGAAAUAUUUCGAGCAACAGCCGAAAUAAUGAGUAUGCGGUCGUGGUAAAGAAGAGCCAAUCAAGUAAUCAGGAGGUUGAGCAGAAUUGUAGCACGAAUGGAGAAAAUUCCGACGAUAUGUUAGAGAGUGAAUAUGACAAGCUUAAUCAUGUGAGGCCUCGAAGUGGUAAAGGUUCAAACAAUUUAUAUGACAGUGCUCUCGGUUUUCGUGACGACUAUGAUGCAACAUACAAUACAACAGAUUAUAGAAGAGCUGACAAGGGAGAUGACUCUGUGUAUGAUCAUAAUUAA